CAUUGUGUGCUAUGAUCUUGUUAUAGGACCUAGAGAAUCGAAAGAAAUUUCAGAGAGAGAACAAGAGAAGGAAGUGAAGAAAUAAAGAAGAACCGAAAUCCGUGUGACGAAGAAAGCCACGGAGGAAAAAGGACGGAGUUCUUUCGGGAAGGAAUUUCGAUAUUAGGUGGAUUUAAUCAUGGUCGAUAUCGUGUUGAAGGCAAGAGGAAGCCAACAGGAAGAAAGGAAACAGCCGAGUGUCCUUGAUGGGUCAUCCGGCGCUACGUGAUCAAGCUGUAUCGUGACCGACAUUAGCUACUCACAUCGGGGGAGAUUAGAGGCGAUCUACGUUUUACUCGCUCCGUUCGACAGGCAACGCGACAAAGCGGCGGGACGAAGCGAAGAGAGGAUUUACUUGCUGAUCAACGCAGAGCCGGGCGAUAAGCAGAGCUCGGCCGUCUCGAGUUGACUUGAACCGCUGACUCGGCGGACACGGGAGUUGGCUGUUUUAACGCUAUUAGUGUGCGCGAUCAUUUCAAUUAUCCGCGAAUAAUUUUCACGUUUGCGCACAACGAUCGUGUCAAAUAAUCGUCCGCUGUUUUAUUCGGUCGCUAUCCUCACAUUACAUGAUGCAUCGAUUUCCUUAACGGAAACGAGGACGAGACUCGCCGAUCACUCUUCACGUGUACACUGUCGACGAUUCUCUGAGAAGAUAACCAAAAUCCUGGAUCCUAACGAGUGAACAGUAAUGGAACUAGGAUUUUUUGAAAAUCAAAGAGAUCGAGCACGCCGUCGAUUCGCUUGGAGUCUUGAUCGCUUGAUCCGCCAAUUCUAAUCGCUACGAGGAUAAUCCGGCGGUAUCAUUUUGAUUCGUCCAGGACGAUUUCCAGGAUAAUACCGAACGAUUUUCUUCCUUCGACAUCAUCCGGAAUUUAACACCCGAUCGCGCUCUCGACAAGCCACGAAGAUCAUCACUCGCGCGGGGCUACGCUUGAAAAUCGCUCGGUGUCGUUGCUUGACAAAACCGGUUUCGUUCGGCUCGGCGAGUCUCGGCGUUUAUACAAAGGUCGUGUGUGAGAGCGCGCUGAGCGCGCGACCACGAGAGUGGUAGGAGUGAGAUUUAUGGAAAACGAAUUUACACGAGGUCACACCUACGGGAGCGGCUAUCUAUCUCUCUUUCUCCUUUUUUGUAUCUUUGUCUUUCUUACUCGUCCAUCUCCUUUUAUCUUCCUCUCUCUCUCUCUCUCUCUCUCUUUUCUUUCCUUUUUUCCUUUGUUCAUUUAUCAUUUUAUCCGCACGUUAUCUCUGUUAAUAAUUACGGAAUCUGUACGAUCAUAGCGAAGAUCAUCGGUCAACGUUGAAGAAUCGAAAUCACGAUCGAUGAGAAUAUUGCUCCGAUAUUAAUCCGGAUAAAUAUGCCAUAUUUGCAUCGGCCUUGAAGAAUUUCUUCGCGUCGCCGUGCGAAGUAUUAACGGCGGACAAAGAUAAUGAAGUGUUCGAUGAUACAAAAUCCAGGAGAUUUGAUAAAAGGAUGAGCUAACAAAAGUGAAGAUACUCAGGUCUUUAGAAUAUCUAAAAUCAGAAUUAACUUAUUAGGAAAUUUAUGAUAAAAAGAAUUUUAUGCCGUCAAACCGUAUUCUACAAUUGAUACGAGAAGUUAGCUAGUAAAAUAAAUUUUUGAUUGCACAUAGGCAACGUGAAAUCAAUUGAUUAAUUAUAACGAAACAAACUCAAACAUUUCUGGAAAGAGAGGAAACGUAAAACAUACUUGAACAUUUAUGUGAUCAGUGCAUUACAUUUAAUCAUCAGUAAAACGUGUGUUGAAGAUCCAAGUGUUUUCGACGUUUUCAAGUGCCGCAAUCGAUCGAGUGCGUAACCACUGAAUAGAGAAUCUCGAAAACUUGGAAAGAUGUCAAGGGUCCUGGGUAGCCCGCGGAAGGAGCAGGACUCCUGGUCGCCUGGGUCGAAUAGUAGCGCGUUGUUAAUUGCGAGAACGUCGACAUCGUCGAGAAAAACUUAGCCGUCUUGUCGCUCGCUUGAUGAUCGGCUACGGUGACGAUGAAACGUGUGACGAGCGCAUCCGUUGCGGCCGCCACGGCCGCCGCGACGCAGGUGCAUCAUCAGGCCAGGGUCCAGGAGUUGUUUGCUCCCGGGCCAAUGUUGCCGGCGACAACGACGACGAACAUGGCUAUGUACGUCGGCGACUGCUGCGUUGACGAGCACGAUAAGCAACUUACGAUACCCUCCUGGCUUGAGCCAAAGGGCUCGCCGAAGAUCAGCCCUGGAACGAACGACGAGAACAAGGCUAAAUCUUCGGCGAUGUCGCGACUAUUAGCCGUCGAUUCUGACAACUACAUGCUGCGCAAAGGCGCCGCGGUGGCGACAACACCGGUGACCCACGGUGCCGUGGCGCCGUCAUCCACCGCCUCCUCGUCGUCGCAGUCAUCGUCGUCGUUGAACGGUUCUACGAGUGUACAACUGCAACGGCAGAUGCAGAGUCUCGCCACCGCACCGUCGAUUCUGGCAACGUACAGCAACAGCGGCGACCACGUCAAUGUCAACGUCGGUCAGCUGUACGAUGUCACGCGUACGACGUCAAGAUCGACGGCGACAUACACGUCGCCCAAAUGGUACGCCGCUGGUAAUAGUAACCAGGUGACGAGACAGCAUCGAGAGGGAACAGUGGCGGCAGCGCAGUUCGAGGAACAAUCUCUGCAGCAACAGCAGUUGCAGCUGCAAUCGCGUACGACGACGACGCGCGGCGACGCGACGACGUCGACGGAGGGUGUCGAGAGCGAGCUCGGUUUUGCAAAGUCCGUGUGCGCGAGAUUGGUGUCCUUUCAUCGGUACAUGUGUUGGUGCAGCGCGCAGUCUGCCGUGGCCGAUGUCGUCGAUGCGAACUCGAUCGGCGAUCGCGCGAAGGGUGGCAAGAGCGCGGCUAUCCCGUACGAAGGGUUAGCCGCGAGACGAACGGUGCGCGACGAUAGUUGUAGUAAUAGUAGUCUAUGCUGCUGCAUGUGCGGUUCUGUAUGUCCCGCAGAGUGCCACGCGUGCUUCCACAUCGUGUGUUCGGACUACAGCGGCCAGCACCUGUGCCAAUGGAGUACCAAGGGUCACGCGCUACCUGGCCAGGUUCACGACAAGGACAAGCCCGUCAGUGAGUGGACAUCAUUAAACGUAGUUGAAUGGAUGUCAGCCCUAAAUCUGUACCGCUAUGCGGACGUGUUCAAGUCGAAGGACAUCAAAGGCAGCGAUCUGCUUCAUCUGGAUCGGGAGAAGCUCAUGAAUAUGGGCAUAAAAGAUGAAUUCCAUCAAAGGAAUAUUUUGGUCUGCAUCGAGGAACUUUGCCAACCGUCGCCGCCACCCCCGGUGGCGACGGAGACAACGGGCACUCCGGCUCUCAGCACAACGAUGCCCACGUCCGGUGGCGCUGUGGAAUCAAGCUGCUCGCUCGGAGUCAACUAUCCGGGCAACAACGUGGUCAAUAACGCGCACAAUCUCAGGCCGCACAGUUUCAGCGUCUUGGAGAAGUGCGGUAAAUGCCACAAAUAUCUCAGAGGCCUUUUACAUCAAGGUUUUCUCUGCCAAGAUUGCGGACUGGUCGCUCACAGGACGUGUUCAGCGACGGGUUUGCCUUCCAAUUGCAUAUCGGCCGACACGGACAAUCGUAUCAGCAGGUUUACUUCAGUGUUCGGUCUCGCGCUGUGCUCGCAAUUCGACACCGUCAGCCAUGCGGCGCCGAUCCUGGUGGAGCGGUGCACCCACGCCCUCGAGCAGCAGGCGUUCGCCGACACAACGCUGGACCUCUACAAAGUUUACCACAGCAGCCCGCCUAAUGAGCAGACCCUCGAGCUGCGACAAAAGCUGAACGAAGACGUCUACAAUGCGGAUUUAAAUCCGUACACCCCGCAGUGUAUUGCGAGUGUCUUGAAGAAGUUCCUGCGGGAAUUGCCAGAUCCGGUGAUCCCUGUUCAAUGGUACGACAGAUUCCUAGAGGCGUCAAGUAUGAGAAGUGACGAGCAAUGUGCGACGCGCCUCAAUCAAUUAGUAGCCGAGCUACCGGAACAUCAUCGUAGCACAUUGUGCCAUUUGAUGGCGCACUUUUGUCGCAUCUGUCAGUUGCAGCACGGAAGGGGCUACACGGAACCGCCAACCAUCCUCGUGCAAGUGCUCUGCCACAUAUUUCUCAGGCCUCCCUGGGAGCGAAUCAUACAAGUUGUCCAUAACACGGAGGCACAUAUACGCAUAAUGGAAUUACUGUUGUUGCACGGCGAUUGGAACGAGAAGCUGCCGGAGUUUGCCAGUCCCCCUCAAUUACCCCCACGUAAAGUUUCGAGACCGCAGUUUCCAAUUUUGGACCAGCCCUCGAUUCUAGAAGGCGAUGCCUUAGACAGGACGGCACCUGGCGUAGAUACUGGCAAGGACCAACAACCACACAGACCGCGCACGCUUCAAGAGGCCGAAUGGUAUUGGGGUGACAUCACGAGGGACGAUGUAAAUGAGAUGAUGAUUGAUUCACCGGACGGCACCUUUCUGGUACGCAAUGCGUCUUCCAAAUGCGGCGAGUACACUCUGACACUACGUAAAGGCGGGACCAACAAACUUAUCAAAAUCAGCCAUCGAAAUGGGAAAUAUGGAUUCUCGGAUCCUUACAACUUUCAUUCGGUCAUCGAGUUAGUCGACUAUUACAGGAACUGCUCGCUCGCACAAUACAACUCCGUGCUGGAUAUUAAGCUACUCUAUCCUGUAUCGCGAUUUCAGCAGGAAGAUGAAAUCGCGAAUACGACCGAUAUGGCGAAGGUACUGCAAAAGUUUCUUGAAUUGGAGAAAGAAGUAAACGACGGUAUCCGGCAGUACCACCAUUGUUGGGACUUAUACACCAGAACAGCCAAUGAAGUUGGGCUAAAGAUUCAGGCGUUGGAAGCCUUUGAGGAAGCCAUCAAGAUGUUUGAAGAACAGAUAAAGUUACAAGAAAGGUUCCAGAAGGAAGCACAGCCCCACGAGAUUUCUACUUUAAUGGAUAAUUCGGAAUUGUUGAAACGAAGACUAAAGGCCUUAAAAGACAGCAGAGAUCAAUUGCAGGAGAGCACGAACCAACAAGUUGCCUACAACAGAACUCUCGAAAGAGAAACAUGCAGAUUGAAGUCAGAGACUGGACAACUCGCGCGGCAAAGGGAUCGCUAUGCUCUAUGGUUAAAAAAAAAUGGGAUGAAACAGAACAAGAUGGACUUUGCGGUCCAUUCUGACGAGAAAACUUGGCUCUACCUACAGGGUUCUCGUCCCGAUGCUGAUCACAUUUUGAAAGGUCGACCCGAUGGUACUUUCCUUGUUCGUCGAUCAAGAACGGGCCAGUAUGCGCUUUCCAUAGUGUGCAACGGCACGGUGCAACACUGCAUAAUAUACGGCACUGAGCGCGGCUAUGGUUUCGCUGAGCCUUAUAACAUUCACGAAAGCCUGAAACAUCUGGUGCUGCACUAUGCCCAGAACUCCUUAGAGGAGCACAACGAGUGCCUAACCACCACCUUGGCCUAUCCCGCGUUUGCGCCACCCGCGGCGCUCGCGCAACUACAAUCCCAGCAGAAGCAAUUGCAGAUUUACACCCAGAACCAAACACCGUUUGCCCGACUAUCCCAUGAAAAUCAGCUUCUCAUGCCGCAUACGUAAUAUUUGCAUACUAAUUAGCAUCGCGAUGAGGAUCCGAUCGAAUUUGAAUAUGUUCACGCAGAUAUGAAUUCUGCCACUACAAGCAUCAAUCGCCGACACGAUCGGCGAAUCCGAUCGGAUCACGCAAGCCUUCCUUGAUGACUUUGAACGUGUGCGUUUAAACCGCUGCGAAACAGAACGUUCCUUCGUUCGGGAACAUUUUUCAAAACCGCGUACAAUAAUUAUGCACAUAGUCAGAGAAAAUAAUAUCUCGCGCGAAUCGAUAUCAUAAAAGUGCGCAAUCGAAAGCGUGCAACCGAAUGCUUGAUUAUCACCGAACGAUAGAUAGGUAAGUCACGAGGUCUAUGAAAACACCUUCGACGAAACGUAUUUAAUAGCCGCAACAGUAAUAAUCGUAAGAACCACUAGCGAUAGAAUUAGGUAUACACGCGUUAUCGUGAUGCGGUAACAAUCGCUUUGACUAAUGCAGAGUUUUCCAAAUGGCAUGUCACGACAUCCUUGAAAUAAUACAUUUUUUUAUCCGAAAAGACGUAAAAAUAAGAGAUAAACAAAACAAGUCUUCUUCCAUAUCGAAGAUGUUUUAUAACGAAUUCAAAAACUUGGAAGCUAAUUUCGAAAAAUUGUAUUGUUUCUUUAUAUCAGCAGCGGUUUUUUAAAUAUGAUUCAAUAUUCAAAUAUUUUUUAAUCAGGAUUUAGAAAUGAUACGAGAAUGUUAAAAGUAGUUGACUGCUUGAGUUUUAUAAAAAUAAACAAAUGUAAAAGAGAGAGAGAGAGAGAGAGAAAGGUUAGGGAUUUGACUUCAUUUCUGGAAUAUUUGACAAAUAACAAUUAGAUAUUUUGUAUAUCCAUUUUUUUCUUAUCUCAACAUACAGAAUCAUAAACCAAAAAAGUUUGGGAACCUCUGAGACUUAACAGGACCAACAACACCAACGACAGAUGUCACCAACGCUCCCUCAGGCUUUACAUAACGCGGAGAGCCCUGUCGAAUAUUUACGCGGAGAUUAUAGCGAAAUGAUGGCGCGAUAUUACCGUCACCAAUUUUAUUCUUCGGUAUAAUAUGUUUUUAAUCUUGACAUUCGUCAUCGCACAAAAUUGAUCCGCUCGGAAGCAUCGGCAUUACAAAGACGCAUCGUCGUUUGGACGAUCGAGAUAGCGCGAUUUGCUUCAUUCGCGUAGAUUUUUCAGAUAAUUCAAGGUAUUCAUAUCUGUAUGACCGUCUAACCCUUAAUAGCCUGAAUCAUUUUUAGAAGCUAAUUAGCUUAUCCAGCGGCAAUAUAGUUUUAAAUUUAGUUUUAAAUUAAUAAUUCAUUAUCACUCGAUUUUAUAUAGGAGUGAUUGUAUCAAUUCUAUAUGAUCUAAAUCACUAUACGAAUAUCAUAAUUAAAGCACUAUACGAAUUAUUUAUUAAAAUCUAACUUUACUAUUAUAGCUUCUCUAUAUAAUAAGUCGAAGCUAUUAUAGUAUUCAUUUUUAGCUAUUAUAUUUAUAUCUUUUUUUACCUAUUAUAUUGUAAAUAGCGUUUAAUACGCUAAUACAUUUUUGAUUUACAAUGAUAAAUUGCAUAAUUUUUUGUGCAAUAAAUUAAUUUAGUUCACGUGUUACUAUCCAAUGUUGUUAAAUGCAAUAUACUCUCUUUUUAUAAAAGUUAUAUAUGCAAUGCGUUACUUCAGCGCUGUAUAAAUCAAGGUUUACAUAUUUUCAAUUUUUAUAAUCAUGUUAGGUUUCUAAGGGUUAAACGUGAUCAACAAAAUUAAAUUGUCGUUUUCUCGUUACUCGCAAUUUUUAAGCGCUUCAUACGCAGACAUUCGUGAUUUCAAUAAAGAGCACGUGCUAUAAUUCGCAUUGACGGCGGUGAUGUCUUUUUAUGCAAUUUGCUGAAUUGCAAUAGUGAUAUUAGAGUAUAAUCGAGUGAAAUUCAUGAAUAUUUAAGGCGUCUUUGUACCGUUUUUUGAUAAUAAUCGGAAAGCUGAUCGCGGAGAUAACUGGGUAGAGAUCUAUUUUUUAAAUGGAAAAUUUAAAAAAUUAUUCUUUAGAAUCCAUUGCCCAAUAUUGUACAUAAUAUAUUAAUUUUUCUAAAAAUUACAUUUAGAUUGUUAUUAUUUGCUGCAAUGUACAAUGUCUGGUUGUAAUGUCUGUUUCAAAUUUUUUUAAACCAUUAAAAAAAUGGAUCCACUCUAUUUUUGCGACCAAAUCUUUGUAUUUAAAAUGCGCGAUGAUGAACCGAAUAUCUCGUCGUCUUUCCCCGAUCGCAUUCCGCAGCGGAUCCCGACAAUGUUUCGUCAGUAAAAACUUUUUUUUAUACAUUAGAUUUCAGAUGCUGCGGCACAAGCAGAUUAAUGAAGAAGAAUAUAUAAAUAUUAUCUGUGAUUUCAGAUUAUCUGUUAGCGGGGAAAAGAGUUAUCACGUUUGUUGUUUCUGAUCACUUUUGUCCCUAGUUUCGUAUCGUCGUUGUCCUUGUUUCCUUCUUUUUCUACACUCUUUCUCUUUCCUCGAAUGUGAGCUUUUUAUUUGCCAAAAAUUCAAUGUAUGCCCGUGCGAUUAACGCAUCGAAUCGAUCUUUCUCGCUGUUCUCGUAGAUUUGUUUCGAUCCUAAACGAUGUGGAAAGAUAAUGGCGAUGAGAGGAAAAAUCAGGAUGCAACAAGAGUUAAGAAUAAAAAUAAAAAGUAAGAUUAUUAAUGUAUGAGAAAUUUAUUUGAUGAAACACAAUUGAAUGAUACUAAUCUUUUUUGUUUAUUUCUAUCCAUAUUCUUUAUCAUUCUAUUGUGUGCAUCAAUGGAAUAUUUAUUUUUAUUGUCGUUAAUUUCUUACAUUUCUUAUAUUUAUUUUUACUCUUUUGCAAUUAUUUUUCUAUUGCGUCGUGAUCCGAAUUAUCAUGAAAUAAAAUAAAUGUACAAAGGCGUACCUGAGACAUCUCACUUUUACAGAGCGGUCGGUAAAUGUCGAGAAUAUAUCGGGAACGCUUCCAUACGUUCAGUAAGAUCUAUAGUUCCUUGAAUUCCUCUCACGCUACUAUAAUCAAUAGAAAGCUAACGUAAAUACAAGUCGACACAGAUUUGAUCUGAAUAGAUGAAUUGCAUUGAAAGUAUCGAAGGCAAUCGAAAUGAAUGGAAAUAAAAUUAAUUUUCCAUUCAGUUUGAUUCAUAUUUUUAUUACUUGUCAUUGCUAUUCUUAAAUGUAUCAGAUAAAAAGCGAUGCAAAUUGAAUUUAGGAAAUUUUAUCAAUAUAUUACAUCAUUACAUAUAAGCUAUAGUUUCAUUAGGUGUUUGAAGUGAAAUGCGGUUGUCCAGUUGUCAUCACACAUCAAAAAUUGGAUAUCUAACUUAAACUCCAGAUACAUUAUUAAAAAAAAAAAUGCGAAAAUCCGAAAUAUUUGUCUCAAAACGUGAUUUGCACUACAUAUAAUAAUAAUAAAUUAUAUAAUUUAUUAUUAAUAUAUUAUAUAUUAAUAUAAUAUAUUAUUAUAUAUAUGUAUAUAUAUUAACACUUAAUAAUAAUAAUAAGAAUUAUAUAUAUAUACAUAUAUAUAAUCUGUGUUUGCAUAUUUCGUAUAUUUGUUUCUUCUAUAAUUAUUAUAUUUUGCGCAUUAUACGAAUGAGCGAGAAAGAUCGACAAGAUGUCUUUUUCCAAUUUAAAGAAAACGUAGAACGGCGAAAGCUAUGCGAAAUGAAUAAAUGAAAAAAGAUGAGAUCGCAAUCGGAAAUUGCAUAGGAGAAAGCGGUGAACAAAAGGCUCGUUGCUCAUUUCGAGUGCUUCGGAUUACGUAGGCUUAGGAGUAGUGUUUAAGACUUUUUAUACAAACGAAAUGUAGGAGGAAAGGAGAGGCAAGCAGCUUAGCUUGUACUACGUGAUUGUCUAAUUCGUUGUCCGUUGUCGUCCAUUCGUUUUCUUUGAUUUUCUUUAAUAUUUUUGCGUUUCCUCGUCAUGCCGUUUUCCUCUUGGAAGCCUUGUUCGCUUUUUUUAUUUUAUAUCGUUUCGUAUUUUUGCCCUUUCUGAAGAGUAGGAUAGCGACGACGUUAAUUUCUUGUGUGUUAAAAAAAUGGAGUCAGCUUGUAUGAUUUUUUAGAGUUUGCAUCCUGUGAUUAUCAAAUUAAUUUUGAUAAAUCUUUAUAAAAACUUACGCAAAAAUCAUUUUGAUUUUGGAUAUAUAUUGUAGAGAAUUCAUUCCUAAAUAACAUGCGUUUGGAAUUAGACGGCAUUCUUUUAUAAUUCACCUAAUAUGUUAUCGAUACAUUUUUGGCUUUCAAAUCAAAAUUUAUUAAAUUAUUUAUUGUCUUCUAUUUCUUCGAUUAUUUUCUAUAUAUAUAUUUCAUUAUUCUAUAUAUCAAUCAUGCGUGUUACUCAAGGAAGUUAUUGUUAUCGAAAAGUGUACCCUUUACAACAUAUAUCAAGAUCAAAAUAAUAUCAAAAUAAUAUGCUAUAGUUUUUAUAAAGAAUUAUCUUAAUUUUUGAGGUAAAGGCAAAUGGAUAUCUCUCUUGAUGAUGAAGCUUUAUGUAUAAUGGACAGUAAGACAGUAGUGAGAGAAGUGAGAAACUUGUCGAGUUCUUUUGUAGAGCGAAUUGAGGCAAUUUUUUUAUAGUCUUUCUAACGAAAAUAAUUACUCUUCUAGUGCGAAAAUGCAGAGAAAACGAUUUGACGACGAUAGACGACUCAUUCGUAUAGCAUUAAGAGCAAGUUAUAUAAAAAAAUAUUAUGACCGACGAGUACGACUCGCGAUAAAAUCUUUGAUGAUGCGAUUCAAUGCAACAUCCGCGCUAUUAUGUUAUAAUAAAAACUAAUUAUAAUUAAAAAUAAUAUAAUUAAUAUUAAAUAAUAAACAAUCAGAUGUAAUAUAUAAAUGUUUUAUGUAUUAUAUUAGUGUAUAGUUUCACGAAAUUCUUAGUAUGAAAAAUGAGCAUAAUGAAAAAGAUAAUUGCUCCAUUUGUAUAAAUCUUAUAGAAAAAAAUUUUAAUGCAACCUUAUAUAUUUACAUAUAUAAGGUUUAUAUAUAAAUAUUAUAUAAUCUCAAAUAUGCAUUUUUCAGUUUAAAAUUUUUAUGGAAAUGAAUAUUUUAAACUCCAUAAAAUGUUAAGAUUUUCAUUAAAUUAACAAAAUAAUUUUCUAUUUUUCUAUUUAUUGUUUUUAAAGUUUUAAACUGAACAGCUUUAUUAAUUCUUUUUUUAAUUUAUUAAAUUUUUCUUUAAUUUAUAAUAAUAUUUUGGGAGCGUACAUUAUUCUUAUUGUACAUGAAACAAGAAAAACUUGAAUUAAAUAAAUAAAAAAAAAAUGUAUCAUCAUUUGUCUCGAAAUCUAUCAUGAGUCGCACUCGUUGUUUUCUCCCAGUGAGAAAAGAUCAUAUUUAUAGAUGCGUGGUGCAACAUGUAAAUUCACACAUACACACACACACACACACACACACACACACAAAGUAGAUAUGUAUGUAUAAACAAAGCUAUACAUAUAUAUAGAUGCGAUAAAUAUUUCGUCGAGAAAUAUAUAUGGUGCAGAUAUGAGACAAAGAGAAAAGAGAGGAAAACGAAAAAAAAAUAUAUAUAUAUACGAGUAUAUAGCUAUAUAUAUUUUUACUUAUUUUCAAAACAAAUCUUUAAUUGAUUAUUUAUAAUAUAUACGUACGCGUAUAUAUAGACAUAUUAUAUAUAUAUAUAUAUAUAUAUAUAUAUAUAUAUAUAUAUAUAUAUAUUAAUCCUACAUUUGCGCGAGCCUCGUCGAUUGCGAGUUUCUUCGAGGAGGUUCGCGCAAACGUUUCAAGCAGCCACAUACAAGGAUCCUGAUCCUACGGGAUUCGAAGAGUCGAUCGAUUGAGUCGAGUCGCUAGAUUAAAGCGCAAGAUCAAAAGAUCCAUUUGAUCGAUGAAUAACAUCGAAUUGUACUUUCGAAGAUAGAUCGGGUGAUAGUUGCGAUACGGAAUAUAGCCGUCUCGGAAAUGUAAACGUAAAUUGGUUCUGAAUAUUUUUGAUAGACGCGUCGAUUAUGCGCCUAAUAACUUUAUUCUAAAUUGCGAAAACGCGAUCGAGCUUCGUAUAUCUUUUUUAAAUUUACGUGCACCUUGUUGCGCGUGCUUCGCCUUAUAUAUAAUAAUAUUUGCGGUAGUAGAAUGCGUGAUAUAUUUCAUCGUUUUUUUUCAUCAAGUUUUUACCGCACGCGCGUUCUUUCUCUGAUACAUGUAGGAAAAUUCUAUCAAAAUUUAUUUCGUCUUUUCUAGGAUAUUACUACGGAGUAAUACGAUGUGCUAUUUUUCAUUGAUAUCAAAAACUUUUUUCACGUACAAGUUCGCCUAGCAAAGUAAUCUCAUGCGAUAUUUUUUCAUUCAACUUUUGCAAUAUUUCUUUACCACCAAUGAUUUUUUUGCGCGUGCGCGAAGGAAUCCUGCUAUCAAUUAUUUUUUAUUUAAGUCACAACGAACUUUUUAACAUAUUUGUUUAUUAGCGUUAAUAAUUUACUAAUAACGCUUCGUAAAUUAAUCGAAAUAUGCUUUAGAAGAUCACAUAGUGUCGACCGAAAGUCUGAUAUCGCAUAAUAUAAUAAAAGCAUAAAAAUAAAAGACAUGGUAUUUGAAAAAUUUUACAAAUGAAAAAAUCGUUUCUAUCAUGAUAUUCACACGAUUUAUUAUCCAAAUAUAUGAUAAAAAUUUUAUUUCUAAUGCUUGUGAACUGUGUAAUGAAAUUUUUGUAAGAAUAAAAAUUUUUUAACAUCUAAUUUCUCGAUAUUCUAUCAUUGAAUCAUGAAUGAAACAGAAUUUUGAUCGACGCUACAUGCCACCGUAAAAAUUCUUUGGAUUAAAAAAAUGGAGCAAGAAUGCUUGCAGGCGAUCCUGAAAGCGAUCUCAAAUAUUUCGGAAAUGAAGGUGACGCCGAAGCGUCUUGAGAGAAUCUUGUCAUCUCAUCUCUACUGUCAAAAAUCAUGGCAUGCCUAUUCAUGACCAUGAAAAAGCGAUUGAUGGAUCAUAAUCACACCAGCGCUAAUAAUAGCUGAGAUUGAAAUCGAUAAAAUUUCAAUAAACUCUAUGUAUAUUUUCACUCUGCGGAUCCAUUUCCCAUAAUGUUAUCUCCAAAAAAAAAAAAAAAAGAAAUUUAAUUAAUUCACAAAAAUAUUUCUAAUAUUUAAUUUUUUACAUAAAUAUAAAAAAUAAUGCAUUGCUUUUCCUAUCCUAAAAAUCAGGAUCACUAGAGUUUGAAUUCUUUGAGAUUGUAGGAAUUUUAAUAAAUUUCGAUUCACAAAAACAGAGACUAACAGAUGGGACAUGCAUUUCGACAGAGUCAACAUUGUGACUUGACUCUAAUGUGUGUAUGUAUGUAUGUAUGUUUUUUUUUUUCUUUUUUUUUUUUUUCUCGAAGAUUUAGAAAAAAAUGCAGCGUGUCGUUUUAUGAUAUCCAAUCCGAUUGCUCUUUUGUGUACAAAAAAUGAAAGAAAGAAGAGAUACUUUUUAGUGACGCGAAUGUUUUCGGCAGGACCGGUCUAUGAAAUGUUAAAUAUUAAAGUAGAACGAUUGAGCUGUGUACUCAUGCGUUGGGCAUGAUGCAAUAAUAGUUAAGAAAAAAUGAGGAUCGUUCGAUGGGCGAAAAAUUUUGAAUACAUGAAGAAAGUUUUAAAGACAAAUUACAUUUUGGAGAAUUGCAGAGUCCUUUGAUAAAUGAAGCAUUGGAACACUAUUUCUUGACUAUACUUAACUAUUAUUGCAUAUACAGAAUGUAUUGUCAGAAUUAUAUUGUCAGAUUCGUCGAGUCAACAUGUACGGCAUCGAAUCGAUAAAAUCGAUUGCUUAUGAUUGUGUCGAUUUAAAGAAACUAAUCAGCGUUAUGCGUCGAUGUAAGAGAAUUAACAACCAUGAUAACAUUGAACCGAUGAUAUUAUUAAUAUACAAAGCACCUGGCCUUUUGUCCUGGUUGAAUCGUAAAGACGCAAUCACGAUGAGUGCGAGAGAAAAUCGUGAUUUAAUGACGGGAAAGGGCUGGCCCUAAACAGAUGUGUAGAAUCACGUGGAAAAUUGUUUCGUCGACCAACGCACUUUCAUUGCGUUACAUUGUGAUCUUCGAGAAUUGAUCGGUAGCGAUAGAACAGGAGAAUAAUGAAAAAGAAAAGAGAGAGGAAGAGUGAAUGAAAAUAAACUUUGCCUUAGCUUUUGUACAAGCAAAUAAGAGUAUGAGAGAGAUUGAAAAGCAGGAAGGAAGGAGCCGGAUGGACGUGAAACUUUGCUAUAGGCUGAUGUAAAAUCGAUUUUGACGAUAAAAUGGUGUGAUAAGAAUUGAUAAAUUUAAUAAGCUAUCGUAGUAAUUGUGAAUGUGUGGAAAUGGGAGGACAGCCUUGCAGCAAGGAAGAAAGAGAGAGAGAGAGAGAAAGAACAACGAUGAUAAUCAAAUUAUAUAUGAAUUGUAUGUAUUAGCGUGUAACAACACAAUUACGAAUGACAAAAUUCUUUCGCGUUGACUUAACGUCAAGAAAGGUUUUUUAUUUUUUUUUUUUCAAAGAGAGAAUAAAAAUAUAAUAAUAUAUAAAAAUGAAAAUUAAGAAAAAGUAUGUGCACUUAUUUUUAAACGUAUAGAAAUUAUAACAAAUAUGCGAAGCCACCGUUAAUCGAUGUAAUCAUAUAUUUAACGAUGUACUCGCAAAAUGAACUCUAAUUUGACAAUUCCAUAUAAUUAAUUGAUUAUAUAAAAUAAUAUCGUUGUUGAUAUAUAUUUGCGCAUCUCUUAAUAAUCAUUCAUCGAAUGAUCCAUCGCAUGCGAGUCCGAUCGUAUGUUCGAUUAGAAAUGGAUGUUUGCUGCAAGGUGAUAAUUAUCGAUCAUUAAUUAAUGAUGCGGAUGAGAAAGGGGAUCCGUACCGUGUGCGAAAGUCAGAAGGGAGCACGAAGACGUGGGUGUAAGCAAAAAAAGAAAACGUUAUUGACAUAAUAUUACAUUAUUAACGAAUAUAUGCUAUCCCACUGUGAUAAAAAAAAACUUUUGUUUUUGCAUGUAAAAAUAUAUACUACUAUUGUUGCCAUAAGCGUGCGAGAGAGAUAGAGAGAGAGAGAGAGAGAGAGAGAGAGAGAGAGAGAGAGUCGUGUUAUGAUGGUGCGUGUAUACAGAUAUGCCAGUAUACGCAUGUGUACGAUCACGAAUAUAUCAGGGUAGUCUGUGUAUCGGUAUUCGCGCACACAUACAUACACACGCACACAUACAUAUAUACAUACAUACAAAUAUAUAAACACGAAUAUACGCGAAUAUAGGUAUGUAUAUUGUGUGAUCGAUCGUGCGACAUUUCGCGAGCGUAGAGACGUAUGCGGAUUUUUAUUAUUGCGUACAUCGUAUCUUCUCAUGUGCUGACGAAGGACAAAUUAUAAUUGUGAUUAUCGUUAAUAGAAUAUCGGAAUAUAUAGGAUAUCGUUCGCCGAUAAUGUGCAGCCGAGACUUUGGCUCAUCCUCCAUUCUCACCGAACUCGGCACACUCGGACAAUCCUUUUAUAUCCUUUAUUAGACAUCACACACACACACACACACAUACAUACAUACACAUCGAUUCGCGAAGAAUUGCGGUUUCAGCUUCGUUAGCAAUAAUUCGAUUGUCGUGAUGCUGUAUUAGUAUCUUUCGAGAAUUACCUAUAAUUUCCGCGAGCUCUUUCGCGGGGUACGAUCAAUCAGGAUUAAUCGAAGAGACCAAGCUGACGAUUUGUUUUCUCGUAAUAGGAAACGUCCAUUCUUGCGAUUACCUCGAAUGUCAAUUCUCACAUUUUGUCCAGAAUCUCGUAGUCAGACCAUUCGUCCAACCUCGCACCAAGAUUUAACGAUUAAGAGAGACAAAUAAUUCGCGUGUAUAGUGCUUAUUUCGCGAAGCAAAGUGAUCUUUCUCAACGAAAGUGGUACGAGCAAUACGAGCGUUAUCUUUGGCUCUUCGAUUGUCACCGCGAGAUCGAUUUUUAUCGAAAAUCAUGGGUCAUCAUAUCGUACCAUGCAGAAAUUUUCGAAAGAACGAAAGUUAUAGAAAACUUGCAUGAUUCAAUUAUACACACUCCCUCUUUACUUAUUUAACAGCUUUAUCAAACUGAAAGAAAUUAAUAGGAUAGGAUUCUAAUCACAUGUAGUAGAUGAUUGUGAUUAUUGAGAUAACUAAAUUAUAUAUUUUCAGUAUUUUCAGUAUUUAUAAAAUGAAAUAUACAUAUAUAUAUAGAAUUAUAUUGUUAUAAAUAAUAUAAAUAUUAGAGAAUUAUUCUGUGAUUUGGAGAAAAUAAAAUUUCUAAAGAGUGUAAAUAUGAAUUAAGACAGAAUGAAAGCAAUUAUAAUUUCCAAAACUAUCUAUUAAAUUAGUCAAAAAUAAUUCUUUCAAUUUAUCUAUUUUUUAUCUAAAAUUACAAUAUAUACCAUGAUUAUAUGUGAUUAGAAUUUCUAAAGUUCUGUAAAAUGAGUAAAGAAGGAGUGUAAUCUUGAGCAGAGAACUGUAUUUGCGCUCGAUCAAAAGUUCGAAUCGAACGUUUUGAUCGAAACGGAGGACGAGUGAAAAUGAUAACUGGUGAGAUUCUCGAUUACCCUUUGGAUGCGUAAAACUGAUGGUAUAAUGGAUGUUUACUCGCUUUUUUGCGUAACGGUCAUCCUCAUAUUGUACCGUUUAUUUGCUAGAACUACCAUGUAAAAUCAUUUAUAUUUGCAUAUGAUUAAUAUGUUUUACUUAUAUAUAAACUCGUGAUAUAUA